AUGCCUAAACAAUUAAAAUACUUGAAAUUGAAUUACUACUAUAAUGAACCAAUUAUUGAAAAUCAAUUCCCAAUGGGUUUACAAGGGUAUUUAUUGAAUUUGCUAAAUUUAUCAAAAUCAUAUGAUUCAUCAUUAAUAGAUGGUGUAUUACCAAAUUCUAUUUUAAAAUUAAAAUUUUCAAAUUAUACAAAUAAAUCAAUUCUACAUACUAGAUUAGAAUUUAAAAUAUUUGAAAAGGAUGGUAACAUAUCCCUAAAUAAUCAAUUAUCAAAAUUUAUAAACAAUUUAUCAAUAAUACCACCAUCUGUUACUAAAUUAUCAAUAUUCUAUGGUUAUGAACAAGUUAUUCCCUAUCAAAUUAAAUAUAUGCAUUUAGAAUUCUCAAGAAAUAACCAAUAUGAUCAUUAUUAUAAACAAUUAUUAUAUAAUAAUGGUGAUGGUGAUAAUAAAAUUAAAUCAUUAAAUAUUAUUUCAUUACUUGAAAAUAAACCAUUAGAUAUUUAUUAUGAAAAUAAUUUUAAUUGUUUUAAUGGUUUAAUUAAUUUAAAUUUAUCAAAUUUUGAAUACAAGUCAUUUAAAAAACCAAUAAAACGAUUUACUUCAUUUAAUUCAUUACCAGAAACUUUAGAAUUAUUAGAACUUGGUAAAAAUUUCAAACAACCAAUUAAUAAAAAAUGGUUACCACCUUCAAUUAAAUAUAUUAUAAUUAAUGAUAUUAAUACUCCAAUUUCAAUUGGAGAUUUACCAAAUUCAUUAAUUUCAAUUUGGAUUAGAGAUAAUCAUUAUCAAUUAAAACAUUUUAAAUAUUUUACUCCAUUACUUGGUAAACUUAAAAUUGUUGAUAGAAUUAAUAUCUUUAAUAUAAAAGAAUUUUAA